AUGUGCUCACAACGGCUCCGCUCUCUCCUCGCCCUGCUGCUGCUGUCGGUCCCGGGGGCGCCGGUACGCGGAGCGCCCUGUUCCAGCGCUGUCGGGGAACCUUCCGAAACUUCGGGGGAUGAAAUUCCAGAGAUCUCCGUCUCGCCGGCUGCCAAAUGGGAGCCGCUGACCAGAAUGCUCAUAUGCGACGUUAUUAACCUGCGCGAUCAACAGUUUGUUGAAGAGUUUCAUGAACCAAAAGAAAACAUGUCGAAUUACAAAGAGAACACUCUCCCAUUGCCUCAUGUCGGAGCGCGGGAUUGCUCUUCGUCCAACUUCAGCAAAGAGAGCUGCUUGCAGCGGAUCUCGCACGGACUGCAGGUGUUCGCGGUGUACUUACAGUUCGUGGAGUCCGAGUACGCAAGAUCGGGAAAAGCUGCCGACAUCAAAUUCCGGACUAAGAUUCUGUCUGAUCACGUCAUACACAGAAUGAAGAACCCGCAGCUCGCGCAGGAGCUGGACUCCGACGCACGUGAGCUGCAGCUGCGAGCGCUUCCCGCCGCCAGCGCGUGGGACAGGAAAAGCACCGUGCACGUGCUCCUGCGGGAGUUCGCGAGCUUCCUGAAGGACGCGUACCGCGCGAUCCGGCACGUGGAGAGGCAGGCGAGGCGGCGACCCGCCGCGAACCGCUCCGCCUAG